UCGACAGCGUAGGGUCACUAUAACAGUCUAUGUGGUGGUGAAUCAUACAGUUUAUUAACAUCCUGCCUUCCCAAUUAUUUUUUCUAGCAAUUUAGGAGUCUCUACCUUUGGGAAUUGCUGCAGCUUGAACCAGGAGAGCAGUGAGAGCUCCAGGACGGGGAGCAGACAAUCUGUUUGUUUCACGGCGGUGCACAAAUCUCCGUCAUGGCAGCUGUCCUCAUCGUGCUCCUCUUCUUCCUUCACGCCUUCACUGCAUCAGCGCUGCAGGACUUUACGCAAGUCCUCCCACAGCAACAACCACACUUCAAUGGAUGUGUCUCCACCAACAUGGAAACAUUUCGGUGCAGUUGGAAUGUUGGCGCUUUCCAGAACCUCUCGGAGCCAGGAGAUUUGCGCAUUUUCUACAUCAAGACAAAACCCACCAGUGCCUCUCCUCAAGACUGGCAUGAAUGUCCUCACUACAGCAGCGAGAGGCCUAAUGAGUGUUUUUUCGAUGAGAACCACACAUCCAUCUGGAGAGAUUACAGUGUCCAACUGCGUUCCAGGGAUCAGGAUGUCCUCUAUGAUGAGCUCCUCUUCAAUGUUCAGGACAUCGUCCAACCAGAUCCUCCUGUCAGCCUCAACUGGACUUUGCUGAACAUGAGAUUGACUGGCAGUUACUAUGAUAUAAUGUUGAGCUGGAAACCUCCACAGUCUGCAGACUUGCAUAUGGGGUGGAUGACGCUGCAGUAUGAGGUCCAGUACCGCAGUGCCAGUUCUCACCACUGGAAAACGGCUGAGCUCGUGAAAGGCACACAUCGCUCUCUUUUUGGGCUUCAGACUGAUGUCAAUCAUGAAGUUCGCAUCCGAUGCAAAAUGGUUGGUGCGAAAGACUUUGGAGAUUUCAGCGACUCUCUAUUCGUCCACAUUCCUUCCAAAGUCCUCCCACAGCAACAACCACACUUCACUGGAUGUGUCUCCACCAACAUGGAAACAUUUCGGUGCAGUUGGAAUGUUGGCGCUUUCCAGAACCUCUCGGAGCCAGGAGAUUUGCGCAUUUUCUACAUCAAGACAAAACCCACCAGUGCCUCUCCUCAAGACUGGCAUGAAUGUCCUCACUACAGCAGCGAGAGGCCUAAUGAGUGUUUUUUCGAUGAGAACCACACAUCCAUCUGGAUAUAUUACAGUGUCCAACUGCGUUCCAGGGAUCAGGCUGUCCUCUAUGAUGAGCUCCUCUUCAAUGUUCAGGACAUCGUGCAACCAGAUCCUCCUGUCAGCCUCAACUGGACUUUGCUGAACAUGAGCGUGACUGGCAGUUACUAUGAUAUAAUGUUGAGCUGGAAACCACCACAGUCUGCAGACGUGGAGAUGGGGUGGAUGACGCUGCAGUAUGAGGUCCAGUACCGCAGUGCCAGUUCUUACCACUGGAAAACGGCUGACCUCGUGAAAGGCACACAUCGCUCUCUGUUUGGGCUUCAAACUGAUGUCAAUCAUGAAGUUCGCAUCCGAUGCAAAAUGCUUGCUGGGAAAGACUUUGGAGAUUUCAGCGACUCUGUAUUUGUCCACAUCCCUUCCAAAGUCCUCCCACAGCAACAACCACACUUCACUGGAUGUUUCUCCACCAACACGAAAACUUUUCAGUGCAGUUGGAAUGUUGGCGCUUUCCAGAACCUCUCGGAGCCAGGAGAUUUGCGCAUUUUCUACAUCAAGACAAAACCCACCAGUGCCUCUCCUCAAGACUGGCAUGAAUGUCCUCACUACAGCAGCGAGAGGCCUAAUGAGUGUUUUUUCGAUGAGAACCACACAUCCAUCUGGAUAUAUUACAGUGUCCAACUGCGUUCCAGGGAUCAGGCUGUCCUCUAUGAUGAGGUCAUCUUCGAUGUUUCGGACAUCGUGCAACCAGAUCCUCCUGUCAGCCUCAACUGGACUUUGCUGAACAUGAGCGUGACUGGCAGUUACUAUGAUAUAAUGUUGAGCUGGAAACCACCACAGUCUGCAGAGGUGGAGAUGGGGUUGAUGAGGCUGCAGUAUGAGGUCCAGUACCGCAGUGCCAGUUCUUACCACUGGAAAACGGCUGACCUCGUGAAAGGCACACAUCGCUCUCUGUUUGGGCUUCAAACUAAUGUCAAUCAUGAAGUUCGCAUCCGAUGCAAAAUGCUUGGUGGGAAAUACUUUGGAGAUUUCAGCGACUCUGUAUUUGUCCACAUCCCUUCCAAAGUUUCAAGAUUCCCAGGGAUGGUUUUGCUCAUCAUUGGAGCGUUGUGUUUACUGGCCAUAGUGUUGUUAGUGAUCAUAUCGCAUCAAGAGAAGUUGAUGUUCAUUCUUUUGCCCCGUGUCCCUGGACCAAAAAUAAGAGGAAUGGAUCCAGACCUAUUCAAGAAAGGGAAGUUUCGAGAGUUGAGAUCAAUCCUGGACUGUCCACCUGAUUUAAGGCCGGAGCUUUAUAGCGACCCCUGGGUGGAGUUUAUUGAUCUUGACAUUGAGGAGCAGAAUGACAGACUGACAGAUGUGGACACAGACUGUCUGGUGGACCGCUUCCCAUCUUCUCACUGCUCCACGCUCUCAGUUGCCUUCAAAGAUGAUGACUCAGGUCGCUCCAGCUGCUGCGAACCAGAUCUCCUGAGUGACUCUAAUGCAUCAAGUCUCCACCCCCACAUUCCAAGCCACACUCUCAGUCAAGAAGCAUCAUGCCAAUCAAAGUCUGAGUUAAGCUCUGGGGUCCAAACUUCCAGCACUGAGGAGCCAUGUUCGGCAGCACCGGUGAGAGAGGCGUUAUACACACAGGUCAGCAAGGUGAGGUCAUUUGGCAACGUGCUGCUGUCGCCUGAGCAACAAACGGAAGUGGAGGAUAAUACCAGCAAACUGAAAGGAAUUGACAACACAAUGGAGAAGGAGAAAGAAAAGAAAGAAGCUCAGCUCCUUGUGGUGAAUGCAGACUGCAAAGGCUACACCUCGGAGCACACCCUUAGUGAACCCUUCCAAACAGGUGGAGAGCGCAACGCUGCACACUCAUUGUCCUCUCACCAGGAAUACAGCACCGUUCCCAUGUCCCUGCUACCCCAUGCUCCCCCCUACACAGUAGUAGAAGGUGUUGACAGAGAGAACAGCCUCUUACUCACACCGAACUCGACACCAGCACCCCACCUGACGAUUCCAAAGACCCUGCCAACGCCAGAUGGCUACUUGAUCCCAGAGCUUCUGGGAAGCAUCACACCGUAAAUCAGUAGUGAAGUGUAAGCAAUCAAAGACUUGUUCAAAUGAAAGGCAGAACAGUUCCAGGAGGUUGACUGCCGAGUGCCCCAGUCUGAAUGUCAGGUUGCCUAAAAUAGCAAGGGAGUCCUGUCGCCACCACCACUACAUCCUUACACUUACAUGGCAUUAUCUGAAUGGGCUCCAAUGUGAUUAAAAGUUUGAUGUGUAAUGGUGUAUGAGUAGUAAUGGGGCUGGAGUUGAAAAUCGCCUUUACAUUUCAAGACUGAAUAGCCCCAAAACCGAGUGUGCAUGAUGAAUUGUUAAAUAUCUUAAGUGUGUUUGUUUAAUCCGCAGGACCUGAACCCAGCAGGACCAGAUUGUUUAAUACAGCUACAACCACAAGGGGUUGUAAGACUGAAAGGCAAACAUAAAUGUCUGAUUAAGUUUUUUUGUUGAACAAUUAGAACAUUUGCUGCUUUUGCAUUCAUAAAUUCAUAAAUAUUCAUUCUCAUUAAUUUUCUUGUUGGCACUGACUCAUUUUAAAACAACAUAUCUGCUCCUUAAACUUCUUUCACCCGACUAUCACUAAUUUUGUUCAUUUUACACACCUGCAUCAUCCUGCUCAGGCUCAGGCGGUGCUGGACUCGUCCCAGGUUAAACCCUGUCACGAGCCCAUCGCAGGUCAAUCGCAUGAGAGGAUGUAACUUUAUUCAGUAUUAAAAUCAAGUAUUAAGUAAGCUCGUAGUUAAUGUACAUUAUGAUUAAUCCAGAUCAAGAGACUUUGUGUAAUACCCUGUGAUAAAACAGUCAUUGGUCCUGUUUUUGAUCCCAGGUUUUUCAGUUUUUUUAUUCUUUCAUUAUUUGGCCAUCAUUGCCACUAUUAAAAAAAUGUGCUGCUUAAACCAAUAAUUAAUGAACUCACUCAUUACUUUUUGUAAAAACUCACCCCGUGCCAGGAAUACAUCCAGUUCCAGAAGCAAACAAACCAUGAGAUCUAAAAGUUUAACUUUGUAAACUGAUUUUUUCACUCAAAGUACCAUUAGUUGAUUUAGUUGUUCAUUUAGUCGUUCAUUUACGCGAUACAAGUUCAAUAAGUGAAUUGAAUAAAAAGGACUUACAGAAAAAUGUAUUAUUAUUAUUGUUUUAACACCUUAAGCU